UGGUUUGAAAGCCAUGGAGGCCCAAUAAGUGCAACUCAAAAAGUAAUGAGGAAACGGAAAACCUGGUUCGCUUAAUCGCUUUGUGGUGACGCUGAUAGGAUUGACUUGUGCGCGCCUUCUAAAGGAGUGGCUCGGAUCGAAGCAGCGACCAAAGUCCACAACUCUAAAAAAACACGCAUUUCUUCCGACACACAGGAAAGAUCGCUGACACAGUUUGUCACAUUUUAACACAGGUGUCCAGGAAGGAUUCUACAGAAACGACAACAGUAAGAAAUGCGUGCCACCUUUAAGAAGUGUCUGGUGCUGAUUUUGCUCGUUGGACUCCUGCUAGCCCUGUUUCAUGCUUGGAGCCCUGGGACCGGCUCAGCAGUUGACAUACGGCCAAGACAGGGGGGUCUUCUGAAGAAACUAAUCGAAGAGAAAACUCGAGACACCAUUGGUGGCUAUCAUGACAUUGCCUACACUAUAAAGGAAGAUGUGGCAGGUAAUUUGGCUCAGAAUACAUGUAUGUGUCUGGCCGAUAAAGAGAGCUUUCGCCUGCCGUUUUCCAAUCUGCUGUUCCCAAGCGUUAGGGCCCACAAGUUUGAUGUGGCGUUCUUAGCAUCCCAUCCUGACCCCGAGGGUGUGAAGCGUUUCAGGGCUAUGGAGUACAGCAGGUUCCAAAAGAGGUCCUUCACUCCCGCAGAUGUUCUUGUUGUAGCUGAAGCCAACAGUCCUCUCCAGUAUCCUACACAGGGCGUGGAGGUGCGCCCCCUCAAAACCAUCAUCAUUCCUGGUCUGGGUCUUAAAGAAGAAAAAGGAUCAAACCAUAGGGUAUAUUUGACAGCUACACUGGGAGUUUUUGAUGUCGCUGCCACAGUGAACGAGGUCUCUGUUAAAGGAGAGGGAGAAAAGCACAUGAUACUGUCUAGUUCUCAUCUCCCUGCUCUGAACAGGCAGCUGCAGUUCGUCACAUACACAAACACUGUUUUCCAUCCCAAGACAGCAGAUACAGUUCAUUUUGCCACUGAUGGUCACCAGUCAUUUUUCACGAUUAAAGUUGGACAUGGAACUAUACCUACACUUUACAACACUGGAUAUCAAAAAGAAUACAAUAUUAGUGCUCUCGUAACCAUCGCCACCAAGACCUUUCUACGCUAUGACAAAUUAAAAGAGCUUAUUGACAGCAUACGCAAAUAUUAUCCCACCGUCACCAUAGUGAUAGCAGAUGAUAAUGAACACCCUCAGCCAGUGACCGGGCCUCACAUUGACCAUUACAUCAUGCCAUUUGGAAAGGGCUGGUUUGCAGGCAGAAACCUUGCAGUGUCUCAAGUGACCACCAAGUAUGUGCUCUGGGUGGAUGACGACUUCUUCUUCACCACAAACACCAAGCUGGAGCAGAUGGUGGACAUCUUAGAAAAGACCACUCUGGAUCUGGUGGCUGGAUCAGUUAGGGAGGCGACAGGCUACACUGCUACAUACCGUCACACCAUUUCAGUGGAAGAGGGCGGAGAGGAGGGCGACUGUUUACAUAUCAGAAAAGGCUACCACCAUGUCAUAGAAGGAUUUCCCAACUGUGUGGUAGCAGAUGCCGUCAUCAACUUCUUCAUGGGGAGGACAGACAAGGUGCAGCAGGUGGGCUUUAACCCCCGCCUGGCACGGCAAGGUCAUCUGGAGUUUUUCAUCGACGGCCUGGGCUCCCUCCACAUUGGCUCGUGUAGUGACGUCAUUGUCAACCACGCAUCAAAGAUCCAGCUACCCUGGAGUAAAACAGAAUCACAAAAGACCUAUGAUAAAUUCCGCUAUUCACCUUCCAGUAAUGACCGUAAAAUUCAUCAGGAAGUCUUCUACUUCAAGAACAGGUUCAAAUGUGAGACCAGUCAAUAAACCAUAUUGUUGGUCUUUUUGCUGCCAUAAUGUGAGUUCAUCAUUUAUUCUCACGUAAAGACUGCCAAAAAUUACAUUUUUAUAUGUUACACUUUGUUUAUUACUGAAGCACUUACUGUUUAACGGAUUGUGUGAACAGAUUACGACUCAUGGUACAGACAGAGAAGUUCUAACAGACAUACACCUCCAUAUAUAGUGUGAACCUCAACUAAAUGCACUGAAAGUAUCAUGGUGUUUUUUGCCAUAGUUACUGUGACUUGCAGUGGUUCUUUACUAUAAGACACACACCCACAGCCCUAUCUGAUAAGCUGUAAUUACCUUAACUGUUUAAUAAGUGGUUAUGGUUUCCUUGUAUGGUUAUUUGGCCCUUCAUCACAGAGAUAGAUGAUAGAUCUAAAUAAUCUGUGUCCACAUUCAUGAAUUCAAGUGAUCCAUAAUCAUUGAUGUAUUGGCUUCUUUUUAACCAGUAUGUUCAAGGUUAAUUUGCACUAAAAAUCUAUUGGAGUAAGUGUAAGGUGUACAAUCUUAUCUGUAACUGUGUCUAGAACACAGACUUUUGAAUGGAUAUCUAAUUUUGCUGAUCAUAAUUGUUAUCCGGUUGUCUUACCCCCCUUGAAACUCCGCUCUAGAGUUAACUCGAUGCUGUUGAAUGUAUUUUAUUUAAAACAAAAUCUGUGGUACUUGCUGGAAAAUGUCAAUAAUGUUUUUUUUUUUUUUUGUAGUGUCACAGUAACAGAUCAUUUAUUUGUGCAUUUUGCUCUGUAAGUGGGAAAAAAGACAGAUGUAAAGACAGUAGUUGGCUUGCUUCUCUGAAAGGUAACUGACACCCUACACCAGGGGUGUCAAACUCAAUUUCAUCACGGGCCACAUCAGCAUUAUGGUUGCACUCAAAGGGCCGGUUGUAACUUUAAGACUAUAUCAUUAAUUAAUAUA